AUGGGUUUGUUAAUCGUUGCAUUGUCAUUAAUUGGGUUAGUUCGUGCUACAUCGUUUUACGAAGUUGGAAACUCCAACGGAUGGACAACAACGAUGGGCAUUGAUUACUGCAAGAGCUGGUCCACUUCUAAAACUUUCUAUGCCGGAGAUUCACUCAUCUUUCAAUAUAACAAGGCUCUCCACAAUGUGAUGGAAGUGAGUUCCCAAGAUUUCGAGUCGUGUAACCCUAAUUCACCUCUGACCACAUACCAAUCCCAGCAUGAACCGGUUUUGCUUAAUAGAACCGGUCACUUCUAUUUCAUAUGCGGUGUGCCUGGUCACUGUGAAUCUGGUCAAAAGCUUGACGUCCUAGUCAUGCCUGCGUCUCUUGAGAAUAUUACUCCCAGUCCCAUUAAUCAACCAGACAACGGAUCUUCUUCUAAUCCUAAACCUAAUCUUAGUCCUACGCCUAUAGAGGAUCCUCUUGAGGUUCUUCUGGUAGAUGAUGCAACGAUCGCAACGCUUCCUGACAAUGCAGCCUCAAGUCCUUGUGUGUGGAGUGGCUUAAGCAUGCUCUCCUUCUUUCUCCUAAAAACCCUAGUAUUUGUUUGA